AACCCUCCCCCUUAGUAAUCUCUGGACUUUCUGAGAGUAGACAUGGCUUGCUUGUGUCUGCUUGUUCUCAGCUUGGUCUCCCUGUGUGCCACUGAAGUGAUAGCUGAAGACAAUAGAAUUGAAGGCUUGCCAAUAUUUUGCGGCUCAAAUGAAUGCCCCAGAUAUCAAGUGCUGAAAAGAUACAAUACAUUUGAGCUUAGAAGCUAUGAGUCAACACGUUGGGCGACAACAUACCUAAACACGGAUGGCAUGGGCAUAGGAAUGAUGAAAACCUUUAGACGCCUUUUUAAAUACAUCAGUGGAGAGAAUUCAGAAGGUAUAUCUAUGAAAAUGAACGUCCCUGUUCGCGUCACUGUACCAUUGCUUGAUUCCACACUUAAUUCCACCAUGUCUCUCUUCAUGCCAUCGGCAAUGAUGAAUCUCCCCACACCUAAUGACCGCUCUGUUGUUUUGGAAAGCUUUCCUCCUAUGAAUGUUUAUGUCAGGUCUUUUUCGGGAUACGCUGUAAAUUCUGACUAUGAAAAACACUCCAAGGCCCUCACCGAAGAGCUGACCGCCCUUGGUCUAGCCUUUGAUAACCAGUUUGGAAUGGCAGCAGCCUAUAAUGACCCCCUUACAUUUUUUAAACGACACAAUGAAGUCUGGUUCAAGUCCCUAAAUUAAUCUGGGAAAGAGAUUUUGCAUCCAUUAUCUAGCAAUGAUUAUUAUGGAGAGACUAUAUAUAAAAAUUAAAUUCAAAAUAGAAAAAAUGUGUAUCUUGUAACAAGUGAUUUUCUAAGAAUGUCAGUUGAUGACAUGCGGAGGAAACACUCAUGUAUUUCUAUUGUAUUAGUUUGCUCUGUUUUGUUGGGAAGAUUGACACGGCUUCCACUAAAAUAAAGUCCACAACUUUACAACAUGCAUAA